AUGAAUCGGGUUUUGGUUUAUUUUUGCCUCUUAUUAUGUUGGGCAAGCUUCGUUCAACCACACUUAUGUCCUAAUCAUUGCCUAAAUGGAUCAUGCUGUGAGAUUGGCGUUGGGGAUUUUAGAUGCUGUCCAUAUGCUAAUGGAGUAUGUUGCAUUGAUGGUAAGAGUUGCUGUCCUGAAGGUAGCAGAUGUGAUUCGGGAUCUGGUCAGUGCAUUUAUGCUGACGGAAGUAUAAAGCCUUCUAGACAAAUAUCUGACCAAAUAAACAAGGUGACACAGAAAGCAGCAGAUGACCUGGUGCCUUGGCGACUGUCUACUACAACUGUCAUUUGUCCUGAUCGCCUGUCUGUAUGUUCUGAAAAUACAACAUGUUGUCCAAUGGCCCAUGAAAAGUGGGGUUGCUGUCAACACCCUAAUGCGAUUUGUUGUUCGGAUGGAAAGCAUUGUUGCCCUCAAGGAUCAGUUUGUGAUGUAACUCAUCAGAUUUGUAAGCCUUUGAAUACCCAUCAAAUCUUGGAAGCGAAUAAUAACAAUCAUAACGAUAAUAGUAAUAAUGAUAACAACAACUUCUUUGAUAACCUAUACUUGACAAAGACGUCUAAACCUGCUCGCGCCAAUCCAAAUAUCAAUCAGGCGAAAGGUAUUGUGGGAAGAAAAGCAACUAACUCAUCUGCUAAAUAUUUAAUGUCUUAUACUGGUACCUUAUGUCCAGAUCUACUUUUUGAAUGUCCAUCUGGUACAACUUGCUGUCCUAGUACAGAAGAAGGAUGGGCAUGUUGUCCAUUCCCUGAUGCUGUAUGCUGCAGUGAUGGUGAACACUGUUGUCCAAAUGGUUAUUCAUGUGAUCUGGCCUCUCAGAGAUGUGUACAACAAUUCACUUCUGCUUCUUCUCCAUCUGAUGAUAAUUCAAAGAAACCACCAGCUUCUGUUUCAUCCUUAUCACAUUCAACAAAGAUAACUAAAGACAUCAUAUGUCCUGGUGGUAAUUUCUCGUGUCCAUCAAACACUACUUGUUGUCAAGUCACUGAAGGUGGAUGGGGUUGUUGUCCAUUCCCUAGGGCGGUUUGCUGCUCUGAUCGUAUUCAUUGUUGUCCAGAGAAAACAAUUUGUGAUGUAGAAAAGGAGAUUUGUCUUAAUGCGUCAGGUGAUCCUGUGGCUGCAAUGGAACCGAAAUCUGUUCCCAAUAAUAAUAAUAAUGAUAACACAUUACAUUCACUUAUUACUAUUUGUUCUGAUAAGAAAUCAGCUUGCAUAGGUGGAACAUGUUGUCCUGGCGUGGAUGAUCAAUCUUCACUUUGUUGUCCUCAUGAAAAUGCUGUCUGCUGUGGUGACGGUAAGCAUUGCUGUCCUGAAGGUACAGUUUGUGAUCCGACCGUUGGUGGAUGCAAACCUCAAGAAACGCAACCUCCCAAGCCUUCAUCUCUUCCAUUAUUUAAGAAGAUUACCGCUUUAAGCGUUAACUCGAAAGGUGUUCAUGAUGAUAAUGAUGUUGAUGAGAGUUCAGUGUCGAAUGUAUUUACUCAAUUAUGCCCUGGUGGUAAAUCAAUGUGUCCUGAUACAUCAACUUGUUGUAAAUUAAGUCAAGGCGGUGGGUAUGCUUGUUGUCCAACUCGUAAUGCUACAUGUUGUAGUGAUGGUAUUCACUGUUGUCCAUUUGGCACGAAAUGUGAUUAUAAGACAUCGUCAUGUGUAAAAAUUGAAUCCGAUACUGUUACAUCAUCAUCAUCGCCAACUGAUACAGUUGAUGAUAAGGAAUUCCGUAAUCAACACAAUCUCGUAUCUGUUAAAAUGCAUGGACAACAUGUUUGUCCGGAUCAUCAAGCUAUGUGUCCAAAUGAUAAUACUUGUUGUCAAUUACCUGAUAAAUCCUGGGGUUGUUGUCCGCUGAAAGAUGGGAUCUGUUGUGCUGAUCAUUAUCAUUGUUGUCCAAAUGGUUCUGUUUGUGAUUUGGAGAAUAAACAAUGCAUUGUUGAACAAGGCGAUGCAAAGCGAUCCACUGGCAAUUUGAUUUCAGAUGCCUACAUUAUGCAUAAAUCUACUGAACAGUCAUCCAGUGUUAUGUAUUCUCAACCAUUAUCACGAAAGACUGUCGGUGAUGACGAUGAUGAUACUAAUGCCAAAAAAGCUACUUGGUGUGGAGCAUGUGGGGAUAGUUGGGCUUGCUGUGCAAAUCAUGCUACAAAUUCAUGGUAUUGUUGUCCAUAUAUGGGUGGCGUAUGCUGUGCUGGACAAAAUACCUGUUGUCCACGUGGUUCACGUUGUUUAGCAAAUGGAAAGUGUGAAAAGAUGCCGGCUGACGUUUUGUCUAGAACAUUUGCACCUAGAAUCAUACCAUCAAUUUCUGUGAAAGAGUUGACAAAAUCACCACAUUUCCUGGCUUCUGAUUAUGAAAAAGGACGUUUCAAUAUUGAAAUGGCUAGUGUUUCUAAACCUGCUGAAAGGAAUGUAUUUCUACUCUAUGAGAGAUAUCGAUCCCUGAAACAAGGAUUGCAUACCAUCUGUCCAGAUUAUAUGCAUUACUGCGCUAAAUCUGAACAAUGUUGUCCUUCUAGGCGUUUCGGUUAUACUUGUUCACCAAAAGAGGCUAAAUGUUGUGGAUCCAGUGUGGAUACCUUCUGUUCAAAGUCAAAACAAUGUUCUGUAGAUGGAAAGCUCUGCCUUUAA